CGAAACGCAUUAGCACUGUCUAAUUUCUUAUCAGUCUUUGUUCGUUUUGCUAAAAUUAAUUAGGAUUUGCGCAUUGGUAUACAUCAAUAUUAUACCUUCUUAAUAGUGAUAACUGCAUAUUAAGAACUAAGAGAAAAUGGCAGAUAUCAUCUCCCAAGAUCAGGAACAGCAAGUGAAGAAACUCAAAAGAUUGCUAGAAGGGUGGCGUAUGGCCCUGCUGCCAAUGAGAUCAAUAAUCUUGUGGGAACAGCAAUGGUACCCUGCUGCUAUAGUCGGAGUACUCAGUUUCCUAUACUUUUUCAUCUGGCUCAUGGAUUCAAACUUCCUGACCACAUUCGCAAUUGUGGGAAUUUUCCUUAACUUUGUGGAUUUCAUAGUUCCCAUCAUAUGCACAUCUCUAUACGGCCCCAGCGCGUGGACUGGACAGAAGGAGAAGUUGUUUGAAGACAUCUGCAAGGCUAUUGUGAGGGACUUGAACAAGAUUCUGAACCAUGUUCAAUUAUUCUUUUCAUUCCGGGAGACCAGUCCCAUUCUGUACUACAUAAUAUCCAUGUGCUUGCUGUGCACACUGGGCUGGAUCUCCUCCGCCAUCAACAAUGUGCUGCUGCUGUACAUCCUGUCCAUCGGCCUGCUGCUGUGGCCCGGCAUCCAGCACCGAGGCAUCUUCAACAUGCUGCUCUCCAUGGUCAACAUGGGACCCAAAACCAAGUAUCUUAAGCCAGAGUAGACAACCAGUCAAACUAGCUUUUAAUGCAAUGUGAUGUGUCUGGUCAUUACAAAUUUAAGCUUAGCUUAUUCUAUUUGAGCUUUAAAUUUUAGUGUAUGAUUACUGUGUGAUAUAUUUUGGUCGAUUGUUGGGACUAUGUUCCGGUUAUUAUUUUUACUUUGCAUUCCCUGUUAUUGUUAUGGGUGUCAGGAA